AUGGCCAACAAAGAAGUCAACGUAGGGCCCAUUGACGAUGGCGAUUUGCGCAGACACAGCGUCGGCACAGUCGAGAUUCAAGACGCUCAAGGUCGGCGCAGGACGGUGCAGUUGGACGAGCUGAGUGCCGCCGACAGAGCUCUCGCCGAGCAGUUCGGGUACAAGCCGGUCUUUAAGCGCGAAUUUGGCUACCUCUCGACCUUUUCCUUCGCCGUCAGUAUUUCUGGUCUAUUUGCGACCACCGCUACCACGUUCGUCUUCCCGCUCGAAGCUGGUGGCUCUGCUUCAGUCGUGUGGUGUUGGCUGAUCUCGGGUGCGGGAUGUUUGUGCAUUGCCUUUUCCGUGGCCGAACUGGUCUCUGCGUACCCAACCUGUGGUGGUCUGUACUACACUGUUUCUCGACUGGCUCCGAAGCCAUGGGUCCCGUCCAUCAGUUGGGUUGUCGGCUGGAUCAAUCUGCUGGGACAGGUCGCCGGGAUUGCCUCGUCGGAGUAUGGCUCGGCUCAACUCCUUUUAGCUGCAGUUUCCAUCGGUCGCGACUUUCAAUGGUUCCCCACCACCAACGAGACAGUCGGAGUCAUGGCGGCGUUGACCGUGCUCUGUGGCCUCGUCAACUCUCUCUCAACCUAUUGGAUGGAGAAAAUGACCAAGACCUAUGUCAUCUACCACUUUGGGGUGCUGAUUGCCUGUGCGAUCGCCCUCCUGGCCGUAACCGACAACAAGCAUGACGCAAGCUACGUUUUCACUCAUGUGGAGGGAAAUGCUGGUUGGACACCCAUUGGAUGGUCCUUUUUGUUCGGUUUCCUAUCGGUCUCAUGGACCAUGACGGACUAUGAUGCCACAGCCCACAUUACCGAGGAAAUCAACGAACCCGAGAUCAAAGCGCCGUGGGCUAUCUCCCUCGCUAUGUUGUGCACCUACGUUCUAGGAUUUCUUUUCAACAUUGUUCUCUGCUUCUGCAUGGGAGACGCGGUUGAAGUCCUCGCCUCUCCAAUCUUUCAACCCGUGGCUCAGAUUUUCUACAAUUCCUUGGGCAAGGGCGCCAGCAUCUUCUUCACCGUGUCGGCCUUUCUCAUUCUCCAGUUUGUCUGCUGGACAGCCACGCAGGCGUUGGCUCGGACCGUGUUUGCCUUUUCCCGCGAUCGGUUGAUUCCUUUCUCCGGUGCUUGGACUAUCAUCAACCGAUGGACUGGAACACCACUCUACGCCGUCUGGAUCAGCAUCUUCUGGUGCAUUGCCAUCAACCUGAUUGCGUUGGGGUCGUACAUUGCGAUUGCGGGCGUCUUCAACGUGUGCGCCAUCGCUCUCGACUGGUCCUACGUCAUUCCCAUUAUGUGCAAGCUCAUCUUUGGCAAGUUUGAGCCUGGGCCGUGGCAUCUGGGCAAAUUCUCGUUUGCUGUGAACGUUUGGGCGUGUGUCUGGACGACGUUUGUUACCAUCAUCUUCGUCAUGCCAACCAUCCGACCAGUGACGCCGGACAACAUGAACUACGCUGUUGUCUUCUUGGUCUUUAUCCUGGUUUGUGCCAUCGUCUACUGGCUGCUCCGCGGCAAGAGAUUCUACCACGGUCCGAUCAUUGAGGCAGAGAUCCAGGACGGAGAAGUGGACAGCUCCAGCUCGGCAGUGGAGCAGGAGGAGAAGAAUGGUGACCUUCGAGACAGAAACGCGACUCCUCAUGUGGUCUAA